UGUUGGGAGUCAGUUCCGCCAGUUUACCGGCUCACUCCAGUCAGAGCGUGGUGGUGUUUCGUUUCGCCCUCUUUCGUCGCCGGUCCAAUUCUUCAACCUCGGAUAGGGAAUCUACUUACGCUCGUCGUGCUGUCAUAUCUUCAAAAUACGUCACUGGCGUAACAGCUCCUUGUAAUGGCGACCGUGCCGUAGAUGUGCCUAGGUUUGUGAAAAUGAAGCGAAGAAGAAGUUAUUUCUUUUAAGUAAAACGCCGAGUUUCCCCCGAGGAGUACUUUGCGUCUACAACCAUCACCCUUGAAAGAGGUAAACUUAGCUGUACUUUUGAACUUUCGUGCCCGCAAAAUGAUGAAGCUUAAGUCCAACCAAACCCGGACGUACGACGGGGAUGGCUACAAAAAGCGGGCCGCCUGUCUGUGCUUCAGGAGCGAGGCUGAGGAGGAGGUGCUGCUUGUGAGUAGUAGUCGACAUCCUGACAAAUGGAUAGUUCCCGGAGGAGGAAUGGAGCCCGAGGAGGAGCCCAAUGUUGCUGCAGCUCGAGAAGUUUGUGAAGAGGCUGGUGUGAAGGGGACUUUAGGUCGCUUAGUUGGAAUAUUUGAAAACCGGGAAAGAAAACACAGAACCUACGUCUAUGUUCUUAUUGUAACAGAAGUGCUGGAAGACUGGGAGGACUCGGUGAACAUCGGCAGAAAAAGGGAAUGGUUUAAAAUAAACGAUGCCAUACAAGUGUUGCAGUGUCACAAGCCCGUGCAGGCCACCUACUUUAAGGCUCUCCAGGAGAGUUGCCUGACCAGUAAUGGAACACCAUUGGUGACCACAAUAGGUGGGGACCUUUCACCCACCUACAGUAUCAAUCAGAGCUCAGUCUCGGGUAUCAGAUAACUAAAAACCAUCAUUCUCAAACCCAAGGAGCUUUUGCCACCACUUGCGCUCUUACGUGUGUCACGUCUUUUUUCUUCUCUCUUUUUCUAUCUCGCUCCUAUUUCUUCUGUCUCAAUAACAUGGUUUGCCUUGCCAACUCAUUUGUGCCAGGACUUUGGCACAGACUUGAUGACAAGUGUUGGGUAAAUAGUCUAAAACACUUUGUAAAUCUAAAUGUAAUUUUGGAACCCUCUUCAUUUUUUUUCCUUUAAAUUUUUACUGACAACUGCAUGAAGUGUGCCCUCAAAUCCCUUCUCCUUAUGUGCCCUUAGUGUGGUGUUUAUUGAAUGCAAGAACUACUUUUUACUGUCGUAAUGUAAAGUGUAAACUUAGUGCUCAAGCAAAGGCUUUUUGGUGGUCUUUUUAAUGUCUCCUCCAUUACUUUUAUUUUUUAUUUUUCUGUGAAUGAAUGUGCCCAUGCCCUCCCUUUGAAAAGGAUAGGAAUUACUGUGUGCAUCUGAACAGAAUCGUGGAAAGUGUCUUGCAUGAGCACUGUUAUGUUGUGUCUCUUGCACUCGAAUGACCUGAUAAUGACUGUACAACAGACUCGUGGUAACGUUUUUUUUCCUUCAUUCUUCUCCAUAAUGUAGUUGAUGUCUUUUUAAUCCGAAUGAUAGAACCUUUCAGCAUUUUUCCUAACUCCAGUAGCCUUUUAAGUGUCUACUGUUUCUCUUCAUUGGGAAGCCAGCCAAGCACUACAGGUUUCACUUCUUAGCGUAUUCAAUACAUUGUACAGAGUAAAGGAAUGUCGACGUUCUAUUUAAAAAAAGAACCACCUUAAUCCUCAAUGUUUUUACCUCCUUUUAAUCUUUUUUUUUAUGCUUUCUCGUGACUACAAAGUCUUCCUCCACAUACCGAGGUGGCAAAAGUCGAUUUAAGAGCUUUGAUAAUGGCGUACAUAUCACUUUAAGUUAUUUAAAACCCAUGUCCAUAUUUUACUCCUCACAUUCAGUUUGGUUGAAAGCAAUUGUUUACAUUGUGUUCAUAACAAAGCACACUUUGUUUUAAGGGGGCGUGUUUUAAUAUACUUUUUUUUUUUUUUAACAAAUCUUCAUCUUUUUGGAUUUACCCAGCAUCCUCUUCAAAACUGUCAGAACACCUGCUUGACUUUGAAAGUAAUGGCUCUUUAACGCUGUCUUUGGCAAGAUGCAGAACAAGCCUUGUACAGUUUGACAGCUUGUUUUUAACUUGUAAAAUGCUUUUGGAUACUUUUUCCCUUUUUUUGUUAAUUUGUAUUCCGUCUAACGUAUGGCAAAAGUCUCUUUAGCUGAGCUGCAUCCAUUGGCCUCGGCGUGUUGUGGGUCGGUCGGCUCAAUACUGUGAAACUGGAGGCGCUGUAGAUAGCAUGUAAGAGGUUUUUAUUGUAAAUUGUUUAUUUCUGUAUAGAUCAAAAGUGAGAGUACAAAUGACAAACACCUCUUACGCAUCUGUGAGUGCUACAUGAUCCGUACAUCUGAGGCUGGAACUUUUUGGAUGGUUUUUGAACUGCUCGAAGGAAACAUUGGUGUGAAGUAGAUCACAAAAUAACUAAAGCUGGAGAAAAAAAGAAUGUGGUCAUGGGGUGAGAUCAAGUAGCCUAUUUUUAAAGAAUAAUCAUGGAAAAUCGUCUGUAAAGUUGGGGAUUUCCUCUUGUUUUUGGUUAAAUUGUGGAGUAAAGCACAAAUCCUUUUUUUUCCUACUAAAUUAGAAAGCUCCCGAGCUUCAUUUCCAGUUAAGUUUCUUGUAUUGGGUUUCUUUUUCUUUUUUUCCCCCAUAAGCUCUUAUAAAAUGUUCAGUGGUUUUCUGUUCAUAUCCACAUUUUUUAUUGGAUUUGAUCAUUAAAUUUAAAAUACAUGUUUGCAUAAUCUGAAUCAGAUUUAAUCACACAGAAAGGUUUGAUAUUUAAGGGGAAAAAAAAGUCGUAAAUAUUGAUGUAAAAAAUAGAUUCACUGAAACCCUUUAAGGGUUAAAAUAGCUGGAAAUAUGAAUUAAAAGAAAUAAUUUGCAAGGCUAAACUUUUAGCAUUUAAUGUAAACAUUAAACUUUGAUUAAACAUGUUUAAUAAUAUAUAUGUUUCAGGUAAAAAACACAUCUUAAUAAGGCUAAGCACAAUUUUGUCAUAUCUAUUAUAACAUAAAUCAUUAAUUUGAUUAAUUAAAACAAAAAAAACAUUUAUUCUGAAGACGUGCACGUGCUUUUGUAAUUUUCGCAACAGUUGUUAUCUGGUUGCUUGAUUUGUUUGUGUGCUGUGCCUAGAAAAAAAAAAAGUCUUGAAACUAGUAGAGCCGGAAAAUGGCAAAUGUCUGCAUAAAGUUGAUUGAGUUCCACACAAACUACAGCUAAAUGUCUAAAUGCUCCCUGCUGAGGAUCUUUGUGGCAGAAUGUUAAAUUAUUUUGAAAAAACAUAUUUUUUGUUGAUCAUAUACAUCAAAGGUCACACUUAAGUAAAUAUGCACAGAAAACUCCAGAAAUUUAGAAAUAGAGAAACCCUUUGCAGGAAAUGUUUGCUAUUAUUUCACCACCAAAUCAAAAGUUUAUUUUUAAACUAUAUAUUUUUUUGGAGACAGUAGACGCAAGUCGUAUAACCACCACCUGCUUGUUACUGUUUUCCAAGUACACCUGUAUAUGGGAUUUUAUGUUGAUUUCAUAUUUUCUCAGUACAGCACGGGUCAAAAGUCUCAUCCGGCCUGAGCUGCCUCUGAAAGGUGUGGUGGUCAAAGUUUGGAUUUAUGAUAUCCCUCCAUCUGAUUAUGUGCUGUUUAGGAUUCCUGUUCACAAAAUGAAACGUAACCCCAAAGUCAUUGAUCUCAACCGAAUAUUUCUCCACUAAUAACUAUGUGCAUGACAGUUACUGUCAAAAUGAAUGUGAGGUUUCCGUAACUAACAGCCAGCAAUGUAAUUAUUAAUGACCACUUGCAUUUUUUCUGCUCGGUUCUUAAAGCGGUUAUUGACAAGCUAAUGACUUGAAAAUAGCUAACACUGCAUCCUUGUAGCAAGAGCAAGUACUGGAGCAUUUGUCAGUAAGACUACUCAACUUUAUGUGGAGCUACCAUGUUUCAAACCUUUCCCCUCAUUUCUCAUCUCCAUAAAAAGCUUUAUUUGAUUUUAUUCUUAUUUUUAAGCUGACUUUCAUACCAAGGAUGAAGGAUUAGUCAUUUCAGUUUACCGACCCCACCUUCUGGCCAAAGUAUUCUAUCAGAACCACAUCUCUCGGAAAAUGAAGUUUGUAAUUCUUUCAUCAGCUGUAUGACUGCAAGUGAUUAUGAAGACUAGAUAAUUCAGCUACGACGUUGAUGCGCGUGCACUUCUAGCUGUUGACCUCAGCCUUGAUGAGGAUUUUGUGUUACUGGAAUAUUAUUUUCCUUUCUUGGGACUGUAAUAAAACCAGUGCAAGAAGACUGAAGAUUGUAAUAUAAAUGUGCCAACAAAUAAACACCAGUAUUUCACUUUUA